ACCUGCGGUCGCUCUGGAAAGGUACCUUUGCUGAGAGGUGGCAGAGCAGCCUCAGGACACCACCAUGAUGGAGGAUCACGCACCUGGCCAGGAAAAACACUUCUCAUCAGGCUAUCCCCUUCAGAUUCCAGUCGAUGAUGGAUCGGAUGAGCCUGUUUCUGAAACAUCUGACGCUAAGAGCACCCCAACUACGGAAGAUGCCACAGCACCUUUAGUGGAGGAAGGAGACCACGAGGAUCAGGGUGGUGUGGAGCAGCACGGGGAGAUCCCAGAAGGAACCACAGCUGAAGAGGCGGGCGUAGGAGCCACUCCCAACCUGGAGGACCAUGCUGCAGGAGAUGCCACUCAAGGCGAGCCGAGCUCUCCGAAGCUCCAGCCUGGCCCUCAGGAGCGUGUGGGAGAGGCAGUAAAAAUUGCCAGCCAGCCCCCAGAGCAGGGGCUGGGGCCUCAGCAGCCACCUCUGUCCCGUGAAACCAAGGCUCCAGCAGCAGCUCCCACCAGGAUCGAGGUCACCAUCCCAAUCCCCCUGGAGAUGUACCAAGGCUCCGGAGGCGGCAGGGAGCCAUGGCACCAGGCGGGCAGAGGAGGCAUCAGUGCAGAGCCAGAGCUGGGCCUGGCAGCAGCAGGAGGCACAGCUGACCACAUAGAUGGACCAUCAUCUCCUUUGUGUGCCAGAGCCACGAGCAAGGAAGGCUCUGGGGAUGAGGGCCGGGAUGUUGAUAGAACUCCUGAGCAGGCCUUGCCUUCCCUCGUGGAUCAGCGCGCUUCUGUGGGGCCUGAAAAGGGCUCGUGUCCAGCAGCUGCCCAGGAGACUCCUGAAGAAUAUGAUGGAGAAAACAAGUCCAAAGGUGUUCUCAGAGACACCCCAGGAGAGGCACUUCUGGUGGAAGCUGAGUCACACAAAGCAGGAGAGGACCAAGAGGAGAAGCGAGAGCUGCCGGGGGGAGAAGGAGGCCCAGACACCACCCCGUCAGAGCCUUCUGCAAGUGUCCCCCAAAAAGAGGCUGAGCCUGGGCAGGGAGAAAAUUCUGAGCCCGUGCAAGAAGCAGCCAGACUCCCUGCAGAGGCAGAAGAUGGUGUAAAGGAUGAAGAUGCUGCUCUGGGAGAGGCUGUGCUGGCGGCAGGGGCCCGCCGGCCCAGGAGGAAGCCGGCUGGGCUGGCUGCAGACAAGGCCACUCGUGUCCCUCAGCUCAAAGGUCGUGUUGACAAGGAAGGGACUGAAGCUGAUGAAAAGAAACCCAAGAAAUCCUCACCUUGCCCUGCCAAACCCCCUGGCUCCGUGCCCCCCCCGGGGCACGCAGCCCCCUGCAGCCCUGCCAGUGCCUCCAAACGAGCCUGUCCUGCCACCCCCCGGCCUGCCAGCUCAGGAGUGCAGGAAACAGCAGCCAAGGGCCCCGAGGCGAGGGGUGGCUCCAAGACGGGCGCGGCGCGCGCGGGGCAGGCGCAGAGGAACUCCACCAACGCCACCCGCAUCCCUGCCAAGACCCCCACGACCCCCAAGACCCCUCCCAGCUCCGGCAGAAAGGAGCAGAAAAAGCCACCUCCUGCAGCAGCAAAGACUGAGAAAGGUGAGCAGCCCAAGUCCGGAGACAGAAGCGGUUACAGCAGCCCCGGCUCCCCCGGGACUCCGGGCAGCCGUUCCCGCACCCCCUCUCUGCCCACCCCACCAGCCAGGGAGCCCAAGAAGGUGGCAGUGGUUCGCACCCCCCCGAAAUCUCCCGCCUCCGCCAAGACCCGCGUGCAGCCGGCGGCCGCGCCCAUGCCCGACCUGAAGAACGUCAAAUCCAAAAUCGGCUCCACCGACAACCUGAAGCACCAGCCCGGAGGUGGCAAGGUGCAGAUAAUUAAUAAGAAGCUGGACUUUAGCAGCGUUCAAUCCAAGUGUGGCUCAAAGGAUAAUAUCAAACACAUCCCGGGCGGAGGCAGUGUGCAGAUAAUUAAUAAGAAGCUGGACUUUAGCAGCGUUCAAUCCAAGUGUGGCUCAAAGGAUAAUAUCAAACACAUCCCGGGCGGAGGCAGUGUGCAAAUCGUUUACAAGCCAGUCGACCUGAGCCAUGUGACAUCCAAAUGUGGUUCCCUGGGCAACAUCCAUCACAAACCAGGUGGUGGCCAGGUGGAGGUGAAAUCUGAGAAACUGGACUUCAAAGAUAAGGUGCAGUCGAAAAUCGGGUCCCUAGAUAACAUCAGCCACGUCCCUGGAGGAGGCAAUAAAAAGAUUGAGACUCACAAGCUGACCUUCCGCGAGAACGCCAAAGCCAAGACCGACCACGGCGCCGAAAUCGUCUACAAGUCCCCCACCAUCUCCGGAGAUGCCUCCCCGCGCCGCCUUAGCAACGUCUCCUCCACCGGCAGCAUCAACCUGGUGGACUCCCCCCAGCUGGCCACGCUAGCCGACGAGGUGUCCGCCUCGCUGGCCAAGCAGGGCUUGUGAUCGCGGCGCGGCGGCCACCAGGAGAGAAGACAAGGAAAGGAAACGACAAAGAAAAGAAAGAAAAAUAAUAAUCUGGCCUUCUUCCUCUGUUCCUUUUACAGCUGCUUCCCCGUCCCUAACUGGUUAAUGAUUUAACCUGCUUUUACUGUUCAUUCAGCUCUAGCUCCAGGACUUCAAAAUCAGUGACACUAUGAGGUACAAAACCUCCUCUCCCCCUGCUCCUCGGAGCGCACAGCCUGUCCCGUCCCCGCGCUCCCCCUCGCUGUCCCAGCCCUGCCCGGGGCGAGGCGGGGAGGGGGCCCGAGGGGCGGCCACAGCACGACGCUGACCCGUGCACCCCGCACCAGCACAGGGCAGCGGGUGGCCCUCCCGGGAAGGGGCUGUGACCUCGCCCAGCUCGUGUCCUGCCGCUGGCCGGGCUGGGUGCGCAGCCAGGGCUGCGGGGAGGUGCCCUCCCCUCCAUCCCUCCCUCCCUCCUUCCCCGCGUUAAAUUUGCCUGCUGAUUUGGAAGAAACUUUUUUUUUUGUUUUUAUUUCCGAAAGCCGAGAUGUGUAUGAAGAUAACGGCCAGGUACCCCCUAACCCGCUCUCAGCUCCGGCAGCUGGAGUUCUGGCGACGCCGGGUGCCCGCUCCGAGGGGCCCCGGACGGGCCGUUCCCCUCUCCGUGGCUGUGCUGGAACCGCUGAGUGGAUGAGUAGAGGCUUUUCCCCAUUCCUUUGGCAGCCCCUCGUGUCGUAGAGUAGAUUUGUCUGUAUAUGCUUGGACCGUGCCAGGGUGAUUGUUUUCAUAAACGAGCAUGUGUUUAAAAAAAAAAAUAAAUAAAUGCUGUAAGUAGUUUUGAGCUGCCCCGCGCCGGCUCCGCCGCAGCCCAGCCGGGGGCCCGGGGAGCUCGGCCGGCCCCGGGGCCGCAGGAGGAGCCCGGCACCGCAUGUCUGCCGGGGGGAGCUCGGAGGAGGGGCACUCACAGCUCCAGGGCUGGGAUGGCUCCUGGCUUUGGGUGCAGCUUGUGACAUUUUUGGGUUGUUCUUUUUCUUUCCCUGCAAGGUCAGCUCAGCGAUGGCGGAGGUGGCAGCUCCAUGGCUCUGCUGUGCCGGUGGCAGCGGUGAGACCCCGGCGGGACGCGGGGGAGGCGGCAGCAGCUCCCCCAGCCCGGGGCCCGCGGCUGCUCCCCGGCACUGAACCCCCUUUCCGGGCGCUCCCCGGUGUGAGUUGGCAGCAUCUCACCCCUCCCACAGCACUGACCGCCCCAGCACCGCUCGGGGACAGGAGCCAGUCCAGUUAUUGCUUUGGCUGUUUUUGUUCCUGUGGCUCCCUGGGGAGCACGAGGGGGUCCCGUGGCUGUCCCUGCCUGCCCCUUCCCUCUACAACCAAAGAGGCCGAGAUGCCACCAGUGCAGCUGUGUGUGUCCUCCUGCCCUGUCUCCCCCAGGGGCCCCAGCCGAGCUCUGGGGGUUCAGCUGGAGGUGGGAGGGCAGAGGGGUCCCGGCGGGGCCGCAGCCCCUGCACCCCGGGCUGUGCUGCAGGGAAAGCCGUGCUUUCCCAGCCAGGGUUGCAGUCCUGGUCCGACAGGGCUGGCGGGGGGUCAGGGCCCCCUGGUUGUCCUUGGGGUGGUGGCUGGGUGCCACCGAGGCUGCCAGAGCAGCUGUUCCUGGGCAGAGCAGCAAUUCCUCCCCGGACAGGACCUGUGGGAGCUGUGAACCCGCUGUCACCCCUGUCCCUCUGCGGGGCUGGGCUGCGCAGGCCUGGCUGUGGAUGGAGAUGGUCUGGGAGGGUCCAACCCUUCUCUGUGCAGCCCCAGGAGCUGCUUUAUUGCUGGGGAGAGGCUGGUCCAGCAGCACCAUCAUGUCCAGCUUGUCACUCGCUCCGUUCACUUGACUCCAUGAUUGUAAGACUCUGUGCUCCGUCCCUGACUCCGUAGCGCUGUAGGAGCCGCCUGCUUUUUGUCCUUUGUAGAACGAGCAAGUUGGGAGAACCCUCAAAGCAUCACCUCCUUACCCCUUCUGGGCUGCAGGACGGGGUAGCUGAGCUGGCCCGUCCUGUGCCACCCCUGUCCCCUCCGUGCAGCCCCUGAGGGACACCAGCACCCAGGGCUGGGAUGGCCUUGGUGUGCACCGAGCUCCAGUGAGCAGCCCCUUCCUACUCUGAGUGUCCUCAGCCCCGGCUGUGGUCCCCCCCCCGGGGGCUGUGGGGUGCCAGGACAGCCCUUUACAUCCACCACGUCACCCGCUGUCCCCUCCAGCAGCCCGAGCCACGUCCCCUGCCCCAACCCCGCGGUCAGACCCACGCCCGAGGGUCCGGCGAGCAGCCGGACAGCCUGACCCCCGGCUUUUCCUUUACUCCACACACAUCUUGGGUCUGAAAAGGGUUAAAACCGGCACUGAUUUAAAAAGAAAAAAAAAAAAAUCGUAUUUCUGCACUCCAAAAGAUUCUGCGUGUUAGCCAAGGUCGGUGCCAGCCUGUGUGGUGUUGGCAGCCCCGUGCCCCCCGCGCUGCGCCGGGGAGGGGAGGGAAGGUUUGAUCUCAGUGUAUCAUUCUAGCUUAGCUUCUGUCUGUGGGUGUCCAUAGUGUAUCGUGUGUUUAACAACUGGUUUACACUGUUGCCGUAAAAGUGAAUUUGGAAAUAAAGUCAUUACUACGAUAA